CAUCCUUCUACUAUCUUUUUAUUUUUCUCAAACGAACCAUUCGAAAUGGCUUCAAAGACAUUCCUUCUUCUUGCCCUUGCAUUGGCCACUGUUCUUCUCAUUACCUCGGAAAUGGCUGCAGCUAGAGACUUGGCGUCCAACCAUGACAGCGAGUUAGAAGAUGGCAAGUAUGGUCGUGAUGACCGUGGAUACUACAAUGGUGGACAUGGAGGUUACAACAACGGUGGCGGCCAUGGACGAGGACGUUGCAGGUAUGGCUGCUGUGGUGGUGGACGUUAUUACAAUGGAGGUUGCAGGUGUUGCAGCACUUCUACAGAGGCAACCGCAUACAAACAAGCUCAUGAGGUCCAAACCCACAAUUGAUCUACGCAACGUGAUCGAGCCAUGUACUUGCAAACUGUUUCAGUGUAUUUGUAGUAAAGGACUUAGGGUUUUUUAGUUUAAAAGUCUGGUAGCAUGGCUUUUUAAAUGAUGCACUUUUAUCGUUCUAUAAUAAAAAGUUACACCUCCCA